AUGACAUUGCAAUCAGAUCUCCGAGCACAGAACCUCUUCAAGUUUGAUCACCAUGUGGCAUUAAUUACCGGAGGAGCAUCCGGGCUAGGUGAGAUAGCGGCGCAGGCAUUCGUGCAGAACGGUGCCAAAGUAUUGAUAGCUAGUCGCAAGGAGUCUGAGCUAAAACGGUGUGUUGCAAGGCUGAACAGCCUUGGUCCUGGUACAUGCGAUUUCAUAGUUGCAGACCUUAAAGAUAAGGCUGGCUGCGACCGACUGGCAGCUGAAGUCAAGAAACGGACAGACACUCUGACAGUCCUGGUCAACAACUCCGGCGCCACCUGGGGAGCACCGGCUGACGACUUUCCUGAGCAUGGCUGGGAUAAAAUUAUGGCCUUGAACGUGAAGGCAAUUUACUACUUAACCAUAGCGCUCAUACCACUUCUUCAAAAGAGUGCCUCAGAGAGCAAGCCUUCAAGAGUCAUCAACCUGGCAUCCAUUGCUGGACUCUCCACGGGUGAUCCUACCGCUACUGGGGAAGGCGGUCUGUCAGUUGCAGGGCAUGGAGCGUACAGCUACGGUCCCUCCAAAGCAGCCUGCAUUCACCUCUCUCGGCAACAGGCGUCCCAAUUCGCACCGAAAAAUGUCUUGGUCAACUGCAUCUGCCCUGGGUUAUUCCCCUCCAGAAUGUCGAACUUUGGCAUUCAAAAGAGUCUUGAAUUCUUCCUGAGCACCCAACCCACAGGAAGAAUUGGCACGCCCGAAGACUUUGCCGGCCUGGUGUUGUACCUUUCUAGCCGAGGAGCUAAUCAUGUCACGGGCAAUGUGAUAGAGAUUGAUGGUGGAAGCAUGCGCAGUGGGUGGAGAUCCAAGCCAAAGGGCUCAAAGAUGUGA